AUGACGUUCUCCCGCAGUUAUUCCAGCGGACUAGAUGGAAGUGUCUCCUUGGUUUUCGACGAGUUCAUCUGCAUACCAGAGGACGACGAAACCUCUCAGAUUAACCCAGCAUCUUCGGAAACACACCAGCAUGCUCGACAGAAUGCAAUGUCUCUGGACUUCAUCCUGACGUCGACCACCGCUCCUCACGAUCCACAUGGCUCAGACCUUCAUCCCGCCUCUCACUCCGAUGUUUACGGACCGUCUUACAACACUACACAGCCAUCGUUCUAUGCAGUGCGAGAGAAGGAGGAGCCGCCGGUGCCUAUUCCCGCUGCUAUCUCUGCCAAUCAUUCACAUGUCCUGGGGUGGUCCCCCUCUGAUGGGCGCCUAUACAUCACCCUCGAAUCUUCCUCCGCUAUCUAUCUCCCGAUGCCGCGCGAGACCAUCGCAGAGGUUAGACUGGACGGCCCUGCUCGCGAUCACUCACUUCUGCACACCGCUGAACAAUCCAUCCCGACCUAUGCACGCCGAUCCGACGACACGUGCGACGACGGAUUGCCUAUGCCGAGGUCAUCGCAGCUGCUAUACCACCCUCAGCAACACAACGCCUCCCCAUACGUCCUAGGUCUGGUAGUUGGUGGCUUCCAUCAUCGAUCACCAUCUCACAGUAACACAACAGCGCCGCCGCGGGCACGGAAGAUGCCGUGUCCUCCGCAGCAGGCACCUCCGCUCCAAGCCGCGCCGCCGAGGACUGCUCGUACAGAGCGAGAGAGACAUCCGGGCCUGCCUGCGCCUCCUGCACCCAGGGGCGGGGUCUCCCCGGCGCUCGCGCGCACAAUAACGCACAUCCGUGUUGCCCGAGAGCGCGCGGAGUACAUGGCCAAGGUGCAGUCUGCUCGGGGGCAAUCAGCACGCGUCCCGAGCGUGAUGAGGCAGUGA